CCUUGAAUCACUAGAGUUAGCAAUCAUCAUCCUCUCAUAUUAUGGAAAUCUUAAAGUUUCUAAGGGGUUGAUGACACAGCUUAAGCAUAAAUCCCGAAAAUUAUGGCUCAAGAAUGAAGUCAAUUGGAUUGUAUACUUUAGAAAAUACUCAGGCUACCAAGCAGAAGAGUGUUCUGUAAUUCCUUCCUCAGGAAUUCUUGGCAAACUAAUGGCAAUAGGAAAUGAACUUUACAUGAAGACACUCAAAAUUAGCCUAAUCACAAGUCGUGAUUUUGAAAUCUUUAAGAAAUUUUUAAAAGUUCUAUCACAUCCUCAGCAUCUAACCAUUAAAUCUAUUGCGAUGCCGGAUACGAGUGCUCUUUCUUACUCUCUAACUAAGUCAAUAAUUUCAACUCUUGAGAGCCAGUUAGGCUUAACACAUCAGAGUCUUGAAGAUUAUUAUAUUGGGAAUGUUUCAUACAAAAUAAUGCUGUUGAACUUUAUCUCGAAAGAAGAUUUGGAACAAGAUGUUGAAAAUCCUGUCUCAAGACUUCGGAUUUUAUUCUCUCCAGACAGAGUGGUAGAAUACGAUAAUACUCUCUUCAUUAGUGGAGAGGUUGAUGACAUCAGCUAUCUGAGAAAAAUCAAAGAAGAUUGAGCAAUAGAGAGAGAUUUUACAAAGCAAUAUUUCUUCGAUAAAAUCAAAGACUAUACUACUCAUUUAUCAUUAGAUUAUUCUACAUUCAAGCAAGACUUCCUUGAUUCUGAUAAGGAUCUCAGUCAUAUAAAAUUGACAUCUUUCAAAAUAAGUGAAAUUCCAAAAGAGCUGGACUCAGAUGACCAACAAUAUUUGACCAGGUAUAUCAAGAACUAUCUUGGAGACAAUAAAAUCACUCUGAUUGGUCAACACAAGCAAUAUCUCCUCGAAACAGACUUCUUUAAGUUCUUCUUAGAGAAGUAUGGAGAGGUAAAGGUAUCAAUCCCAACAAUAAACAAGAAAGAUACUGACAAUAAGUUCUCUCUAAGUGCAAGAAAAGCAUGUGUAUUCCAUUAUAUGGAUUUAGACACAAUAGAGAAAUUAUCACUCAAAGAUCUUACAUAUAAGUUCCCUCUAAAAUGCCAAGUUGCUGUGAUUGAUCACGAAUACAUUCUGUUCUGGGAUUUCGCAUGUUUUGAAGGAACUAUUACAGAGGACGACUUAGUCCCAGAGUUUGAUAAGAUCAUGGCCCAAGGAAUACUUUAUAAAUCUUUUCAUAAAGUCAAAAAUUUGUUACUGGUUAUCCCAAUUUCUGAAAUAACAGGAGGCGUGUUUACAAUUUCUAAGAAGGAUAAGCCUAAGAAGAAGCCGUCAAAACCAGACUAUAAAAGAAUUCAGAUCAAUAAGUUUCAUGAGUUACUCGAGCAUUUGCCUAGAACGAUUCCUCUAUGUCUUGAUAUAGAGGAAUCUAUAGCCCAGAAAUCUAGAUACUUCAUUCCUGAAAUCUCAAAGGAACUCUGAGGAUCAGACACUUAUGAUAUCUUGGAUAUUUAUCAAAUCGGGCAUAAAACUAUUGAAUCAUUUACACUAGAAAGUUUCCAUGAUCUUUCAAAAGCGCACUACAAAGUCACUACAUAUUCCCAGUUAGAGAAGAUACUCCAAGUAGCUUGGAUGUACACUAAAUUGCAAGACAUCAGUAUCGAACUUGAUAUUUACAAGUUCAGGAAAAGUCUGGGGAAAUUAGUAAGAAUGGAAGCCAGAAUCAAUUCAAUCAACAAUAAAUUAGCCAAGUUCAGAAAGAAGUGGUUUUACAGGCAGAUUCACAUCAAAAACGGAUCUAUAUUUGGAAUUGUGCAAUAA